AUGAUUUUGACGCAAAAGGUUCAAAAAGCACCCAAGGGCAACAGUCAAGCAACAGGGAAAGGUGUUGGAGGCAACUGGUACAAAGCACCAUCAGUCCCCAGAGAAGACCUCUCCAUGCAUCCAGACCAGACCUCCAGUGACCUGGCUCUGGCAACAGAGUAUCUGCAGCACUUUUACAACUUUGAGAGGGAGCCACUGACCCGCACAAAGCGAAGCGAUCCCUCCUUCUCCUCCAAACUGGCAGACAUGCAAAACUUCUUUGGGCUGGAGCUCACAGGCAGCCUGGACGCCCAGACGCUGGAGGUGAUCAGGACCCCUCGCUGUGGGGUCUCAGAUGUGGAGGACUACAGCCAUGGCACACUCACACGCUGGAAGAAGAACAAAGUCACUUUUGGGUACACCAGUGAUAUGCCCGCUCAUGUGGUGGAUUCCCUCAUCAGUUCUGCUUUGGCUGUGUGGGGCAGGGCCAGUCAGCUGACGUUCGUAAGGUCAUACUCUGACAAGGCGGACAUCAUGGUGGAGUUUAACUAUGGAGAGCAUGGCGAUUCCUUCCCGUUCGACGGCCCAGGAGGUACACUGGCUCAUGCCUUUGGGCCUGGUGAGAGGCUUGGUGGAGACGUUCACUUUGACGAUGAUGAAUACUGGUCAGCGGGAUCAAAAGGCUUCAACCUGUUUCUAGUGGCAGCACAUGAGUUUGGGCACGCCUUGGGUUUGAGGCACUCAAGAGACCCCAAGUCUCUGAUGUACCCAGUCUACAGGUCCCAGGCCCAGAAGAUCUUAAUCUCCAGUGAAGACAUUAUGAACCUGAAUGCACUCUAUGGGCCGCAGAGAAAGAGGUCGUACACCCCCUCCAGAUUUAUCUGGCAUCCCCGUUUCAACCCCUUCCACAUGGGCCCCCGUCAGCCCCAAGCCCUGCAGGAGACGUGUGACCCAAACCUCUCUUUUGAUGCUGUCACAGACCUCAGGGAUGCACUCUUCUUCUUCAAAGACAGGUACUUGUGGAUCAAGCAUGAGGGCCAAUAUGGCAUUAAAGAGGGACCUAUCCAAAACUUCAUGCCGAAAAUUGACUCAAACAUCAACGCUGCCUACUCUGUACCACAAAGAUCAACUGCCUAUCUGUUCAAUGGUACCAAAUACUGGACCAUGAGGGGGUCACUAAUAAAGGGACGACGAAAACACAUCAGAAGCUUUGGAUUUCCAUCAUGGGUGAAACAAAUAGAUGCUGCCGUUCACAUUAGGAGCACGGGACAUACUCUGUUCUUUACCCAUCAGAAGUACUGGACGUAA